AUGUCAGGUCAGCAACCUGGUCGAAACCGGGGUUCAAACGGUGCCAAUACAGAGUAUCAGUUGUACAAUAGACAAGAUGAAGGUGAGAGUGGUAGUUUUCCAGCGUCGAUAGAGUCGCUUUCUAGUCUACACCAGGAAAAAGAUUUAGGAAACUUUGCCAAGGUUUUUAAAGAAAAUCCCAAAAACUUGUGUAAGUUCUUACAGACUGAUGAAAAGAAUGGGAUUCAAUUGGAGCAGCAGGAUUAUCGGGAGACUGCUCGGUUCAAGAAAUAUGGUGAAAAUAGAAUUAGGGAACGCCCUGCAAAGAGUUUUGGAACACUUGUGUGGGAAGCAUUUAACGACAAGACUAUGCUGCUGCUAACAGCAGCAGCUGUUGUGUCUUUUGCCCUCGGUUUGUAUGAAUUAUGGGGGCAACCACCGGAGUAUGAUCCUGAAGGUCAUAAGAUUACUAAAGUGGACUGGAUUGAAGGUGUAGCCAUUAUGAUUGCCGUUGUGGUUGUUGUACUGGUUGGAGCUGUGAAUGAUUACCAGAAGGAACUACAAUUUAUGAAACUGAACCGUAAGAAGGAGGACCGUAAGAUCAUUGUUAUUAGAGAUGGUGACGAGAUACUGAUUUCGAUCUUUGAUUUACUUGUCGGAGAUCUAAUUAAUUUACAGACCGGUGAUGUGGUGCCGGCAGAUUGCAUCUUGGUUGAUGGGAAAUGUGAAGCCGAUGAGUCUUCAGUUACCGGUGAAUCUGAAGCGAUAAAAGUGGCUCCUUUGGAAACGGUAUGGAAGAGUUAUUCGGGUGAUCAGGAUGAACACGAUGAUGAAGCUCCAACCUGUAUGCUCACUUCAGGCUCGAAACUGCUGUCUGGGCUGGGUAAAGCCGUUGUUACAGCUGUAGGUGAGAAUUCCAUCUAUGGUAAGACUAUGAUGUCUCUUGAUGGGGAACCGGAUCCGACUCCUUUGCAGGAAAGAUUAAAUGAACUAUGUGAUAGUAUUUCCGUCUACGGUUGUGGUGCAGCAAUGUUGCUGUUUGUUGUACUUUUCAUCAGGUUCCUAGUUAACAUCAAGCAUGGUGGUAAGUACGAGAAUUUGACCCCCGCACAAAGAGGUGGGAAAUUCAUGAAUAUAUUCAUCACCGCAGUGACUAUCAUUGUUGUUGCCGUGCCAGAAGGUUUACCUCUAGCGGUCACUUUAGCGCUUGCAUUCGCAACAACUAGAAUGACCAAGGACGGCAACUUGGUUAGAGUUCUAAGCGCUUGUGAAACUAUGGGGUCUGCAACUGCAGUCUGUUCAGACAAGACAGGAACACUUACGGAAAAUGUUAUGACCGUUGUGCGAGGUUUUUUGGGUGACUCUCAUUUCAAUGACGAGCGUGAUGAGUCAGACGAGUGCUCAAAGAAAGUUUUCCUUGACAAGUGUUCUUCAGAACUCAGGAAGGAUUUAUUGGCCAAUAUUGCUUUGAAUUCAACAGCUUUUGAAAACAAAUCAUAUAAUGAAGAUCAUGGGAAUCAAGAUGAACAAACUAGUACCGAGAACCCAUUUUCAUCGAAUUUGAAUAAAGUCAAAUCAAAGGCAAAAUCGAUUCAUUUGGACGGUUUGCUUCACCCCGGUGGUGAAGAUAAUGAUGAUGACGAGACACCUCACGCAAAUGAAGAACCUUUUAUAGGAUCGAAGACUGAGACUGCACUUUUAGGAUUGGCCAGAAAAUCUUUGGGUAUGAAGUCUGUACGAGAACUGCGUCAAGAUCCUUCUUCGACGUUUGAUAUAGAGAAAAUCGUUCAAGUUAUACCAUUCGAGAGUUCGCGGAAAUGGGGAGCAAUCGUGGUCAAGUAUCAGGGCUCUGACCAUUAUAGAGUUUUCAUCAAAGGUGCCGCCGAGAUUGUUUUCAGUAGAUGUCAAUAUCAAAGAACCUCAGAUGAUAAAGCUGAGCUUAUUACUAAGGAAAUGAAGGGAGAUAUUACAGACGAGAUUCAGUCCUUGGCAUCUGGUGCUCUAAGAGCAAUUUCUUUGGCUCAUAGAGACUUCCGCUGCAAAUCCUGGCCUCCGGCUGAUUUGAGAGAUGAAGAGGAUAAGAACAUAGCCUCCGAGGAAAAAUUGUUUGGUAAAGCCUUCAACCCUGGGAGAAGAGGAGAGAGUGACGAUCGAUUAGAUGAUGAGGAGAAGGGAUUUAUCCUUGAUAGUAUAGUUGGAAUCCAGGAUCCUCUUAGAGAUGGUGUGAAAUUUUCGGUCGAACAAUGUCAGAGGGCUGGUGUAACAGUAAGGAUGGUUACUGGUGAUAACGUAGUGACUGCUAAAGCAAUCGCUAAAAAUUGCCACAUUCUCUCUGACAGUGAACAGGAAAAUUCGACUUCUGCAAUGGAAGGUCCUAAAUUCCGUCAGUUGAGCAAGAAGGAACGUUUGCGUAUUGUGCCAAAGUUAAGAGUAUUAGCAAGAUCUUCCCCAGAGGACAAAAAGCUACUUGUCAAAACCCUACGGGAGAUGGGUGAAGUUGUUGCUGCCACUGGUGAUGGUACAAAUGAUGCACCUGCCUUAAAAUUAGCUGAUGUCGGGUUUUCUAUGGGUAUAUCAGGGACGGAAGUUGCAAGAGAAGCUUCAGACAUCAUCUUGAUGACUGAUGAUUUUUCUGCGAUCGUUAAUGCCAUCAAGUGGGGAAGGUGUGUCUCAGUGUCAAUCAAAAAAUUCAUUCAGUUUCAACUUACAGUAAAUAUUACCGCCGUCAUCUUGACAUUUGUUUCCUCCGUAUCAUCGAUGGAAGAAAAAUCUGUUUUGACAGCAGUUCAAUUACUAUGGGUUAAUCUGAUUAUGGAUACGUUAGCGGCCUUGGCAUUGGCAACGGAUAAGCCGGAUCCGCUUAUUAUGGAUAGGAAACCUACAGGCCGUUCGACCCCACUGAUAUCUGUGUCAACCUGGAAAAUGAUUUUGAGUCAAUCUACUUUACAGCUGAUAAUCACAUUCUUCUUGACAUUCAAAGGUCGCGACCUUCUGUUUCCUGGUAAGGAUAAACUCACUGGUCAUGAGCAACAGCAGCUUAACGCUUGCACAUUCAACACGUUUGUUUGGUUGCAAUUUUUCACACUGUUGGUCUCUAGAAAGCUAGAUGAAGGGGAUGGUAUCUCGAAGUGGAGAGAAAGAAUCAGCAAAAGUAAUUUAGACUUUUUUCAAGAUUUGUUCAGAAACGGUUAUUUCAUUGCCAUAAUGGCGUUGAUUGGUGGAUGUCAGAUCUUGAUCAUGUUUUUCGGUGGAACUGCUUUCUCUAUCGCUUACCAGACGCCUGCAAUGUGGGCUAUUGCGAUCUUAGCGGGUAUGCUAUCCAUACCGAUGGGUGUCUUGGUGAGAAUUUGCCCUGACGAGUGGGUCUUGAAGAUUUUCCCAAGCAAACUGCUCCGCAAGAUAAAAUAUGUUAUCACUUUGGAAUUUCUAAGAUCUUCAGAAAAGCGCACCUACGAAGACGAAGAGUCUUUGUUAGAGAGAGAUGGGACUCCAAGUUCUGGCAGUACCAGUGAAUACUACUAG